AUGCAGGUGCGUGCCCCCUCCCUGGCUAGAGCUAGGGUGUCCAAACCGGCCCACAGAACCGGCUGCUGUGCAGGCGGCGGGCACCAAUUAGCGUCCGCUCCGGCCGAGUCCGUCCUUAUGCAGACUCUGAUUGGCCGACUGCUGGUAAGCGCGGACACCCGAGACUGUUGGAAAGCUCGGCUUGCGGAGGGCGGAAGUGCUGGGUUUACGGACGCCGUAGUAAGGGCGGAAGUAGAGAUCUCAGCGGAAGUGGUGUCGGUAAGGGCGGAAGCAGUGUGGCCCGGGUCCGAGCCCGGGUGCCGCCCCCGCUGGGCUGCGGCCAUGGAACUCAGCGCUGAGUACCUCCGGGAGAAGCUGCAGCGGGACCUGGAGGCAGAGCACGUGGAAGUGGAGGACACGACUCCUGACCGUUGCGCGUCCAGCUUCCGAGUCCUGGUGGUGUCGGCCAAGUUUGAGGGGAAGCCGCUGCUUCAGAGACACCGGCUGGUGAACACGUGCCUAGCAGAAGAACUCCCGCACAUCCAUGCCUUUGAGCAGAAAACCCUAACCCCAGAGCAGUGGGCCCGUGAUCGGCAGAAAUAAGGGACCUGGACCAGCACAGCCAUUAAAUUAUGAAUUAGGGCCAGC